AUGGCGACAGCUAACAUGCCCUCAAUUGCCGUGGUGGCUUCGUCACGAGCCGUCAUCUCCGGUCGUUUGACUUCCGCCACAAUUGUGAUCUCUCGCACUACUGGCAAGAUUACUGCCGUCUUUGAUUCCGUCAUCCCGGCCUCGGAAUUCCCUUCCGGCACACCUUAUACCGACUAUUCACCCUAUGUGUUGCUGCCCGGCCUGGUCGAUGCUCACGUUCAUCUGAACGAGCCCGGCCGUACUGAAUGGGAGGGCUUCUAUACCGGCACCCAGGCUGCCGCCUUUGGCGGUGUCACCACCGUGGUUGACAUGCCUCUUAACGCUAUCCCGCCCACUACCACCGUGGCCAACCUGAACGAGAAGAUCGCGGCUGCUACGGGCAAGUGCUGGGUUGAUGUUGGCUUCUACGGCGGCAUCAUCCCCGGCAACGAUGCCGAUCUCAAGGGCCUCGUCAACGCAGGCGUUCGUGGCUUCAAGGGUUUUUUGAUUGAUAGUGGUGUGGAUGAGUUCCCUGCUGUGGGCCAGGAAGAUAUUCACAAGGCUAUGGCUGCAUUGGCAGAUGAGCCCACCACGCUCAUGUUCCACGCCGAAAUGAUACCUCCUAUCACCAAGUCUGUUGGCGAUGAGGUCCAGACAUCCGAGCCCCCAGCGGCCCCGGCUGGCCCCUUGGAGGCCUACUCGACCUUCUUGGCCUCCAGACCCUCGGCCUUUGAGACUUGCGCCGUCGAGCGUAUCCUGUCAAUGGCUCACCUCGCCCCCAACCUCCAAUUGCACAUCGUCCACCUGUCUGCCAUGGAGGCUAUUCCUCUACUGCGGGAGGCCCGCGCCAACGGCGUCAAGAUCACCGCCGAGACCUGUUUCCACUACCUGUCCCUGGCCGCCGAGCAAGUGCGUGACGGUGAUACUCGCCACAAGUGCUGCCCGCCCAUCCGCUCCCAGCUCAACCAGGACGGCCUGUGGGAGGAGCUGGAGAAGCACACCGCUGACGGCGUCAUCAAGACCGUCGUCUCGGACCACUCUCCCUGCACACCCAACCUGAAGCAGCUUCCUUCCCACAUCCCCGGGCACUGCGUUGCCGAGAACGGCAAGGAGGAGAAGGGUGACUUCUUCUCCGCAUGGGGCGGUAUCUCCUCCGUCGGCCUGGGUCUUCCCAUCCUGUGGACCGAGCUCAGCCGCCGCAAGGGCCUGACUCCUGCGCCCGACGACGAGAACACCAGAAACUCUUUGCAAGAUGUGGUGCGCCUCUGCUGCGCCAACACCGCCGCCCAGGUUGGCCUGGAGAGCCACAAGGGUGAUCUGCGCGUGGGCUUCGACGCUGAUAUCUGCGUCUUCGACGACUCCGCCGAGUGGGUCGUCGAGCCUAGCACCAUGCUCUUCCGCAACAAGUGCUCGCCCUACCAGGGCAAGACUCUGCGCGGCAUGGUUCGCGAGACAUGGCUGCGUGGUGACCGCGUCUUCAGCCGUGACGCGGGCUUCGACUCCAAGACUCCCGCUGGCAAGCUGCUCCUCGAGAAGCGUGUUUAA